UGUCAUCCUUGCUGAUAAUUAACAUGACACCAGAAGAGGAGGACGAAUACAGCCUAGAGGAAAAAUUUGAUGCUGCAGUAAAAGUGAUCUGGACUUUGCCAGAGGAUGGCCCUUUCCAACCAUCAGAUGACAUGAUGUUGAUGUUCUACAGUUACUACAAACAGGCAACAUUAGGGCCCUGCAACGUCGCUCGACCAACUGGCUUCUGGGACACAAGGGGGAAAGCUAAAUGGGAUGCAUGGAGUGCUUUGGGAAAUAUGACAAGGGAAGAAGCGAUGAAAAAUUAUGUUGAAGACAUCCAGCUGAUCUUGGAAGCCAUCCCAAUUUCCACAGAAGUGACUGACUUGGUACAAAAGCUUGGUAACUUCUUUACAGAGGUGGAAAGCAAUAAUGAAGAUGCUGAAGAAAAUGAAAUAGACAAAAGACAUUUUACAAGACCAUUUGCAAACCAUACAGAUGAGCAAGCCAUGAAACCCACUGUUCAAGGCUUUGGAGAUUUUUGGGCUGAUAUACAGAAUCUUCCAGAAACUGAAAAUGAUGGCAUUGUGGUUGACCAAAGUGUGAAUAGUGAGGAUUCUAAGAGCUUCAGACUCAAUUGUGAACAUAAACCCAGUGAAGAUGAGGCAAAUGGUGCAGAGGACAUUUCUGAUGGUGAAUACAAGGAAGAAGAGGAGAUGGAGGAAAGAGAAUGGGAUUCAGACCAAAUGCAUUUGAUGGUUGAGAACAAGAGAUGGAGAUCGGACUUUCAGGGGUCUAACCACAGCAGCAUGGAGCCAAGUGUGUCUUCUUUCACCAAUGGGACACACAGUUCUCUCAACAGUGAGGUAGAAGAAGAAGAGCUAGCAUUUUCAUUAGACCCAGCUAUCCAAUGCAAUCCCUAUAUAUACAAUGGACACCUGAGUGAUCACAAUGUGCCUGCUGUAAUCAAUGUUAGAUCUACAGAUUCAGAUAAUGAAGAAUUCUGUGAUUCAAUGGAACAUCUUGCAAUUGAUGAGUUACAUGAAUCAAGAUCCCUCUCUAAAAGGCAUAAUGACCCAAGGUUCAAUGGCUUUCUAGCUCUACACAGUGAAAAUCAACCUGGUCUUACAGAUGGGAUAAGAACGUCUGACUUCAAAAGUGCCAUGUCAAGAAGAGAGACUUUUGGACCAACCUAUGGCACCCAGUCAGGUCAAAAUGUCAGUGUGGCAUGUUGUUGUGUGUCACAGAGCACACAGUCUAUGUGUAAUUCAAGGGAAAACAUGAAUGAACACAUAGCUUCCGCUCUGCUAAGACUCCAUCAAGACAUGGAGAAUGUGCUGCGCAAACUGCAUACUCUAGAGGUCCUCCAAACAUCACAGCCACCAUCACCUACACCAGACCAACAUCCCCUGGCUGCUGCCCUAAAGUUCAUCAAACCGUCUUGGUGGCCUUCACAGUCCUUUUCUUUCACUGUGUUUUUCACUGUGAUCUGGCCUGUGUUUGCACACUGGCUUGUCAUUUUGUACUUGCAGAGAAGGAGGAGAAUUAUGUGAUGUGACCUUCUACUUGCACCAUGAGGAAUAAAUGUUAAAACAAACAACCUAGAUGGCGUUAUAAACCUAAGAUGAAGUUCCAAAGAAAAGAAACAGAAAAAGUAUUAUAGCAUCUGUCUGCUGAAAAAAAGAUCAGUCCAGUUUGUGGGGACGCAGAAACAAUUAAGAACUCAGGACAGAAAAUAUUCUUUAAAAAGAAUAAUAAAGGGGCAGAAAUGCAUAGGUACAGACUAUUUAUGUAGAACAUUUAGCUUAUCUUAUAGUUUACUUCUAUUAAAGCUUACAUACUAUUGUGUGUGUCUUUACUAUUUACAUGUGUAUUGCAAAUAACAUUCAAUGCUACAUUUCUCAUUAGGAUGGAAUAAACAAUUUUGUGACCUAUAACUGACCAAGAUAUGAUUUGAGUAAAAUUUGAGAACGAAGUCAACAAAAGGAACAACAGAACGUAAAGCGGAACGAAUUACGGUAUUUGCAAAUGGGG